GACAUUCCGCUAUGUUUCGCAUCUGCACACCGUUGGCCGCCGUUGUGGGCGUUAAACAGUUAAAGCGACCAAGCCUGAGCAGGUGCUCAAAGAGUUCCUUAAAGACAGAGGGGGUGGGGACCCAAUCCCAUUUGGAGAAUUCAAAAUAGCCUCGUCGGUCUUCGGGGCUUGCCAAAUUGUUAGGUGGACUCCCCUGCCAGAGCUGGGUUAAGAUGGAUGUGCAAAGUUUGGUGCGCCGUUUUUACACCCUGCAGGCCGAGCGGGUAGAAGCUUACCGCCUCUUGGAGGAGAUCCAUGCUGAGGAUUUCUCGGAGAAAUCCCUACUUAGAAAUCCAGUCUUUGUAAGAGCACUUGGUUCCUGCUGCCCCCAGUUUUAUGCUCUGUUAGAAAGUUUCAGGCAGAAGUUGGUGAUGGCAAAGACAGCACAACUGCAGCUUGCUAAACAAAACGUCCAGGACCAGCCUGGGGUGGAAGCCAACACACAGGAGGUGCAAGAAUUGAAGCACAAGCUAAUUCAAACCAUCGAAGCAAUCAGCGAAAUUCUUCAGGAUUUCAAGUACGAUUCGGAAGAAAGCAGUUGACAGGCCGUCCCGUGGGAGGAGGAGGAAGAAAGGCUGGGGGUGGAGAAGGGGGGGGGGGGGGGGGGC